UGGUGUCUAAAUUAAUGUAGUAACAAUAAAAAUUAAAAUGAUACUUUCGACUCAAUAUAAUCAAUUUGCUUUUUGUAAUCAACCAAAAAUAGAGCUCAGCAAAGCUCCGGUUUUAAAAAAUUGAUUUGGAUUAAUACUCUCGAUCAACCAAAAGAGUGUGAUUGUUGAAUUGUUAGUGUUGGGAAUCUCUCGCAUUAAUCAAUUGUUGCUUCAAAACAAUUGAUCGAGCUCGGCCGAGAUGGAUUCCGAAGCGGCGACGGCUGCGGAAACAAGCAAAGUAAGGUUGAGUGUGAAGUUCGGCGGUCGAUCCAUACCGGUUGAAAUUGCGGCGGACGCCACCGUCAAAGACCUUAAACUUCUCCUUCAAACGCUCACCGAUGUCCUCCCUCGGGGCCAGAAGCUAAUCUGCAAAGGGAAAGUUUUAUCGGACGAUUCGUCAUUGGCCUCGGCGGAUAUCAGUGAUAGGUCGAAAAUUAUGCUCAUAGCGUCACAAGGUUUACAUCAAGGGGGUGGACCGAUUAAAAAAGAAUUGCCCACUGCAAGAGCGGCGAGGGAUUUUGCAACAGAAAAGAGGAAAACCAAUGAAGAAACUGUCACCAAGAGCCGACUUGAACGGUGGAAACUCUCUGGGGUCCUAGCAUUGUCGGAUUGUGGUCUCACGACUAUACCUAAGGACGCUUGGACGUGUGGAUCUUCGGCUAGAGUGCUUGAUGUAAGCCACAACUCUUUACAUGAGGUGCCUGCUGAAAUUGGCGGCUUAAGCAAGUUGAAGAAGCUGCUUCUUGAUAGCAAUCUUUUGUCGGAUACUUCCAUUGCCUGGGAUGAAUUAGCUUCUUUGAAGCAUCUCAUUUUUCUAUCACUCAACCAAAAUAAUUUGACAUCAAUUCCUUCAGCACUUGGUGCUUUGACAACCCUGAAGCAACUUGAUAUCACUAACAACAAGUUGGUGUGUAUCCCAACUGAAUUAGGUCUUCUGACAAGUCUUGAGGUGUUAAAACUCAAGAAUAACAGGUUAAAAACUAUUCCUAUGAGUAUCGGGGAUUGCAUUUCUCUUGUUGAAAUUGAUUUAUCAUGUAAUUUGCUGAGUGAGUUGCCAGAGACAUUUGGUAAUUUAAAAUGUUUAAAGGCACUAUGUCUCAGUAAUAAUGGGCUGACAACCCUGCCCAAAACAUUAUUUCGCUCGUGCAUAGAGCUUUCCACACUGGAUCUUCAUGGAACAGAAAUAACGAUAGAUCUUCUGCGCCAGUUUGAAGGAUGGGAGAAAUUUGAUGAGCGUCGAAGACUAAAGCAUCAAAAGCAACUUGAUUUUCGAGUGGAUGGAUCGGGUGAUUUUGAUGAAGGUGCUGACAAGAACUGGUAAACAUUUGCAGGCUUGUUCAAUCAUGGUCAUUCGGUAUAACCGUACAAGAAAUUUGAAUCCCCUUGCCAGCCUAUAUACUCCAUGAUAUAGGCUUGAUUUUCUUGAAAGUGAUUAUACUAAUUCCUGCUUAGCAAGAAUUCAUCCCAUGACAUCUCAAAGUGUAUGAUUUUAUUUGUGUUUUCUGAUGGUGGAUUUGUUUACUGGUUUUUCCUUAA